UUUUCCAAACUUCAAUUCGAAAUAUUUCUUGAUACAAUUUCCUAAAGUUGUUGAAAUCAAAUUGUUAGUGGGUUGAAUAGAAUUGGGGGAAGGGAUUUCCGAUAGACGAUCAUCUUCAAAGUGUGUUGUUCAGUCCAACAGUUCUGGUUGCUGAGAAUCAAUCUUGAAAUCUAAUUUGCUCCCCACUUCAGGUUCUCUGCUAUGGCUGCUGUCGAUAACACUGUGCAGAGGAGCAUAAAGCUCAAAAUCACUUCAAAAGGAAUACGGCGUGAAUUAGAAGACAAGUCAAGUGGUAACAUGAUGAUGAUAGUGAAUAAUGAAUGUAGAGAUGGAGUUAAUGCGAAUGGAAAAUCUAUUCCAGUGAAAUAUUCCAAGUCAGGCAACUCUAACAAGCGUAAACCCGGAGUGAUCCUUGAGUGUCAUAGGGAGAAAAAGCAGAGCACAGUACAAAGUUUCAAGGAGCAGUAUAGUAAAAUUUUGAGAUCGUUGAUGGGGCACCCUCACGGAUUUGCUUUCAAUCAACCAAUUGAUCCUGUGAAGCUGAAGAUUCUGGAUUAUUUUUCAAUAAUCUCCGAACCAAUGGAUUUGGGAAAAAUAAAGUGUAAACUAGAGGAAAAUAGAUACUCUGAUGCUGAGGAAUUUGCUAGGGAUGUGAGGCUGACUUUUUCCAAUGCAAUGGCGUACAAUCCUCCCGGGAACUACAUUUAUAACUUCGCGAAGGAAUUAAAUGAUCUCUUCAAUAGGAGAUGGAACUUAAGGAAGACAAAAUUGAACGCGAUCGACGAAGGAACUUCACUUGAGCUGGAAAGAGCAAUAAAGGUUUCUUUGGAUAUAACAGAAGGAAAGGUGAAGCCUGCAAGAAUAGCACAAAGUGGGUGCUCCACGUUGGUGAAAACUUUUCAUAAAGAUAAUGGAAAUCAUAUUGCAUUUGCUACUUCCAAUAGAAAACAACCAUUUGAUUUCCCUGCAGUCAAAUGUGCUGCAUGUGGCAAUCUGACGUGCCAAUGCAGCCUCAGAUGUUCUGCUAAGCCAUCUUUCACUGAUUUUUCUUCAAAAAGAUUAUCUGAUCAUGAUCACUCUGGUGAUUCUAAACUUGAUGGUGGGGUUAAGUAUCCUUUGACAUCUCAAAACAAGAGGAUUACAGCUGGAUUCAUAUGGUGA